AUGGGACUUUCUUUCAGAAGUUUGUCACUAUCUUUCUCAUCCUUAUGCCUCCUUUUUAUUUUUCAUUUCUUGUGCUUCAGCUUUCUGGUCUUUGCCAUCCACAAGAGCAACGAUACAGAUCGACUUGCUUUGUUGGAAAUCAGGGCCAAAAUAACUGAGGACCCUUUUGGGAUCAUGAGCUCAUGGAAUAACACUCUUCACUUCUGCCAGUGGCACCGCGUCACAUGUGUGCGUAGGCACCAGAGGGUUACAGUGUUAGACCUGAGCUCCCUCAAACUUUCAGGUUCCAUAUCACCACAUGUUGGCAAUUUGAGCUUUUUAAGCGAGUUGUACCUUCAAAACAAUAGCUUCAGCCUUGAGAUUCCUAUUGAGAUUGGCCAUUUGCACAGACUGCAAAUAUUGGCUCUUCACAAUAACUCAUUUGGUGGUCAAAUUCCUGCUAGCAUAUCUAAUUGUUCAAACCUUGUUUUCUUUUAUUUGCAUAAUAACAAUCUGUUAGGGAGAAUCCCUGCGGAGCUUGGUUCCUUACUGAAGCUCAAAGCAAUCUUAGUAGGCAAAAAUAAUUUAAUUGGGACUCUCCCACCAACUUUGGGCAAUCUUUCUUCUCUUCAGCAACUUUAUGUGCCAAGAAAUAAGUUGCAUGGGGUUGUCCCAGAUACUUUAGGCCAACUGAUGAAUCUAAGGACUUUAUCCUUGUUUGGAAAUCAGUUUUUAGGCACUAUCCCUCCCUCAUUCUUCAACCUCUCUUUGAUUGAGGAUUUAGACAUGGCAUACAACAACUUAGAAGGUAGUCUUCCCAUGAGCUUAGGCAUCUCUCUUCCAAAUCUCCAAUUCUUCUCCAUUUCAGGUAACCAAUUUACAGGAUCUAUUCCAACGUCAAUUUCAAAUGCCUCAAGUCUAGAAGUGCUUCAGUUAGCCAUAAAUCAUUUUAUCGGAAGAGUGCCUUCUCUUGAGAAGUUGCAUAGGCUUAUGAAAUUAGUAGUUUCUGAAAACCAUUUAGGAAGCGUUAAAUCUGAUGACCUGGAGUUUCUUUCCACUUUGACAAAUGCCACCAAUUUACAGGCAUUUGGUAUAGACCGAAAUAACUUUGGAGGGAAACUGCCUGAACAAUUAUGCAACUUUUCAAAAGAGCUCCAGAUAAUUUCCAUAAGAGAAAAUCAAAUAUUCGGAAACAUCCUCUCUAGAAUAAAUGAUUGUGUUUCAUUGGAAAUUCUGGAUGCAGAAGAGAACAACCUGUCAGGUUCCAUUCCUUCUAGCAUUGGAAAGCUUCUAAAUCUGGGAGCAUUAUAUCUUGGUUAUAAUGAUUUCUCGGGAUCUAUUCCCUCCUCUGUAGGAAAUAUGACAAAUUUAAUUCAAAUGGAUUUGUCACAUAAUGAACUUCAAGGCAUGAUCCCUUCGAGUCUUGGGAAUUGCAAAAUUUUGCUAGUAUUAAAUCUGUCAAAUAACAAUCUUAGUGGUCCCAUACCUCCACAAAUUUUUGAAUCUUCCCCUUUAUCAGUGGGUCUUGACUUAUCUGGAAAUCAUUUGUCAGGCUCCAUUCCCAUAGAAGUAGGAAAUUUGAAAACUAUGGGAUACCUAAGCCUUUCUGGGAACAUGUUAUCAGGAGUGAUUCCCAUUAGUCUUAGCAGUUGUACGAGUCUAGAAUUCUUGAACUUGGGUGCCAACUUUUUUCGAGACUCUGUUCCUUCAUCUCUAAGUAUAGUGCCAGUAGAAGGAGUUUUCAAGAACGCAACUGUGAUAUCGGUGGCAGGAAAUAAAAAUCUUUGUGGUGGCAUACCUGAUUUGAGGCUACCUCCAUGUAAGCUUCAGCAGUCAAAGAGGGGAUCGACUAUAACAUUGAAGAUUAUAAUCUCAACAAUUUCUGUGGUUACAGGUGCAGCACUUGUGCUGAUUUGUUUGUUUCUGUGCCUAUCAGGAAAGAGAAAACGAGAGUCUUCGUCAACAGCUCAUGGGAAGGAGUUAUUAAAGUUGUCUUAUCAAAGUCUUCUCAAAGCUACUAAUGGAUUCUCUUCCGAUAAUCUAAUCGGUACAGGUAGCUUUGGCUCAGUAUAUAAAGGAAUUCUUGAUAGGGAAGGAAUUGUUAUUGCAGUAAAGGUGUUUAAGCUUGAGAAUCAAGAAGCUUCAAAGAGUUUUAUAGCUGAAUGUGAGAUUUUAAGGAAUGUUAGACAUCGAAAUCUUGUUAAAGUGCUCACAGCUUGUUCUAGUGUUGAUUAUCAUGGUAAUGAUUUCAAAGCUUUGGUUUAUGAGUUCAUGGUCAAUGGGAGCUUAGAUGACUGGUUGCAUCCAACUCUUCGAAUGGAUGAAGUACCAAGGAGUUUAAAUGUUCUCCAAAAGCUAAAUAUUGCCAUUGAUAUUGCUUGUGCAUUGGAAUAUCUUCAACAUCAUUGUGGAAUGCCAAUUGUUCAUUGUGACCUAAAACCAAGUAAUAUCCUUCUUAAUGAAGAAAUGACUGCACAUGUAAGUGAUUUUGGACUAGUCAAGUUCCUUUCCAAUGUCACCCUUGAUUGUUCUGCAAAUCAAUCCAGCUCAAUUGGAGUAAGAGGAACUAUCGGUUAUUGUCCUCCAGAGUAUGGUAUGGGAAGUCGAGUAUCAACAUCAGGUGACAUUUUUAGCUUUGGCAUACUCUUAUUGGAGAUGUUCACGGGCAAGAGGCCUACCGAUCACAUGUUGAAGGAUGGUAUGAGCCUUCACAAUUUUGUUAAGAGAGCUUUACCUGAACAAGUGACACAAAUUCUAGAUCCCAAGAACAACCUUCCUCAUAUGCAACCCAAUGUAAAUGCAACAUUGGUUCAUAACCAUAAUCUUGGGAACAUGAGAAACGACACAUUUAUUGAGUGCUUGAUUUCAAUCUUUGAAAUUGGAAUCUCUUGUUCUGCUGAAUCACCACAAGAGCGCAUGAAUAUUGGUGAUAUUAUUGCUCAGCUGUCUUCUAUCAGAAAGAAAAUCUUAGGGACUCAAUUACCACGGUAGGCUCAGCCAGUGCCAUUAUCAACGGGUUCCAUGGAAACCUUAUGAAUACUUGAUGUAGGUUCAGCCAGUGCCAUUGUCGUAGAUGACUUAGCUAGGGGACUCAGCUAGUGCAGAUGCAAAGGUGGCAAACGGGUUAGGUGGAUUGGAAUUAUUUCAGAUCGCGAGUCACUCAACUCUUGUCAAUUGGAUUGUUACAAAGAAAUAAUUUUA